AUGUCGUGGGCAGGGUUCAAGAAGAAUGUUGGCCGCGCUACGACGCAGGUUAUGAUGAAGACUGGUCAUGUCGAGCGCACAAAUGAUCGGGACUAUGAGAUUGAGGAGCGGCGAUAUCGAACUAUGGAGGCUGCGUCGAACCGGCUGCAGAAGGAGGCCAAGGGCUACUUGGAUUCGCUGCGUGCUAUGACUGCGUCGCAAAUGCGCAUUGCGGAGACCAUUGAUGCGUUCUAUGGUGAUGCUGGUACUAAGGAUGGUGUGAGCCGGAGUUACAAGACGGCCGUCGAGGAUCUCGAUGCUGAGACGAUUAAGGCUCUGGAUGGACCUUACCGUGCAACCGUCCUCGACCCCAUCUCCCGCUUCUGCGCUUACUUCCCCGACGUCAAUGAGUGCAUCAAGAAACGCAACCACAAACUCCUGGACUACGACUCCAUGCGCGCCAAGGUCAAGCGACUCGCUGAGAAGCCCGACAAGGAUGUCACAAAGUUGCCCCGCACUGAGCGCGAAGCCGAAAUGGCCAAGCAAGCCUACGAACAAUUGAACGAGCAACUCUUCACCGAGCUACCCCAGCUCAUCGACCUCCGCGUGCCCUACCUCGAUCCCAGCUUUGAAGCCCUCGUCAAGAUCCAGCUGCGUUUCUGUGCCGAGGCAUACUCACGCAUGGCCCAGGUGCAGCAAUACCUCGAUGCAGAGACAAGAGACCAGUAUGCCCGCGGUGAUCUCGAUAACCGGGUUGAGGAGGUGCUACAGGAAAUCCGCGAUCUAAGCAUAGCUGGAACCGUUUAG